CGCCCUGUUGACUCGCCUCGCGUUCCUCGUGUCGCGCGCAGGCGGUCGGUCGUUCCGCCGUGAUACAGAGACCCGCGUUCUCUUCCGAGCGUAUUCUCGCCCGGGACCACGUUGGCAAGCUCGCGGAGAAGUCGCCCCGGUCGCGUUUACCGCCCAGGAGCCUCGACCUCGACCUCGACAUGAAGGUAACGAUAAAAAGUUGGACGGGCGUCGCCACCUGGCGGUGGAUCGCCAACGACGACAACUGCGGCAUAUGCCGGAUGCCGUUCGACGCCAGCUGUCCCGAUUGCAAGAUCCCCGGAGACGACUGUCCGCUAGUGUGGGGGCAGUGCUCGCAUUGUUUCCACAUACACUGCAUCAUGAAGUGGCUGCACUCGCAGCAGACCAACCACAUGUGCCCGAUGUGCCGCCAGGAGUGGAAGUUCAAGGAGUAACCGCCGCCGCUUGUCCCGCGGGCCCGCAGGUGUCAGCACGCAGCGAGUGAUCAGGUAAAACGACGGCGUGAUCCUUCGGCCCUACCGCCGGCGAGCGACGGCGACGUCCGUCCCCCCUCUGAGGAAACCGUAAAUCGCGGACUGGCAGCGCUUUAGGAAGUAGACACCUUCUGUCUACGUACACCUCCGGAAAGCUAUUCUAGAGAUGCAUGUAACGCGAGUCUCUUUCGCCUAGACCUUGCGCCAGACUCGAAUUUUCGAGCCUUAAGGCCUGUGUCCACGAUGCUAGAACUUGGACCAAGUUCUAGCAUCGUAGACACAGGCCUUAAAGCCUGUUGAGAAAAGCCGCCGAAAUGAAAGAAUGGUCGAGCGGAUAGCGAUAUACUUGAUAGCGUGUCUUCAUUUAUUCACAGCGCGUGUUUCCCGAACCGACUCGUCGUGUCUAGCGUGCCACUUGCUGUAAGACGUGUAACGAGAUUAACGCGAAUCCCGUACGAACGACUUGUACGUUUUCCAACGAGGGAUGUCCGCGCCGCUAAAUUUAGAAGCUUAUCUAGAGUCGCCCAUCCGCGGACGAUUAAAGCCCGCCUGCCGCACGACAACCCGCCGUGCAGUCUCGUGCGCGGUCGCCUCUCGCGAAUGUCAUCCCAAAAUCUUUGCGCCCAGCUCCGAAUUACACUCGGGAGUUCGCGCUUCGCCGGCGCGUGCAAUUUAUUAUUUUUUCGCACGUAAACUGCACGCCUGCGGACGCGUGUCCCGCAGAAGAGUUGUACAGCAGACGCGUGGAGGUGUGUGCGAAUCGAUGAACUUUUACAUCAAAUCGAAUUUCGUUUCCUUCUUCGAGCCCGAAUCGACAACCGCGUCGACAGAAUUUCAUUUGUAAUCGAAGCGUAAUUUUUAAUUAACGAUAUAAUUCUUAGUUUGAAUUUUAGCGCGUAUAGAUAAUGAGAGAAUAUUUUAAUGCGAAGUCUUCGAUUAUUUAGUGUAAAACUGAUAAAAUGUAAAAAAAAUAUCAAGGACGAAAGGCCAAUAAUAUUACGAGCGGCAAUUUUUACAAUAAGACAAUAAAGUUACAAAUUACGGUGUUUCCCUAAUCUGACUGAUACUAGUAACAAUUGUGAUAACGCAUUUACUUAAAUCUAAGUUUGGUAGAAGAUAAAUAACGUACGUUUCGACGUUUACUUAGUCA